CAGGCGCUUUUCGCCUGUGACGUUCCUCCUACCUGAGAAUCAAAAAGGCGUAUUUGGCGGUCGAUGUGUGCGCAGGUACGGCGGCCGAUGUAGUGCCGGUGUUGGUCAACACGUGCCGCGCUUAGUGUGGCACGGAAUCCUGAAUUAUUCGACAAUAAGAAAAUCAACUUGGUCAUCGGUGAGAUUCGAGACAGCCUCGAUCAACAGCACACAUGACCUGACGUCGCCGGUUAUAGCGUAUCUGCACUCGAUCGCUUGACCGAAGAUGUAGCGCACAGUUGAUGUUGGAGACGUUUUUAUGCAUAUAUUUUAGAGAAACGCUUCUCUCGUCGCGCGUCCUCGUCAAGCGUUUCCCGCCAUUUUAAAGCGCUUUUAUUCGGACGAAAACAAUGGAACUCGAUCAGAAUUCUGUGUUGGAUUAUGCAUUCGUGUUGGUUCCCGUUCAACUGAUCCUCGUUACGUGUCUAACAAUAUUCUGCAAGCUGAAAAUAAGAUGGCCUGUGAAAGUCUACUGCUGGUUCUGCAAUGGAAGUACAAAAGUCUGGAGACAAGAUCUGAAUUGGUGGUUGUGUCCAUCAUGCCAGCAAUUCAACGGUUUCUCCAAAAAUGGCGAUUAUGCGUACGACAUCCCGGAGCAGUACGCAACAGUCAACAAGUGCACGAGAUAUUGCAGUUUGCCGAAACAGAGCGAUGUUCUCAACGUUCCGAAGGGCAAUCUCUGCAUGGACUGCAACAAGCGGGAAAGCUUGAAGUUAUCGGAACUGUCAAACUUCGAGCCCAGAAACGAAGUUCUCUACAGUGUGGAGGUGAAAGUGUUCAAGGAGUACCUGGAGAAGAAGUAUCCGCUGUGUGACACUUGCAAGUCCACAGUGUGGAAUGUGCUGAACAAGCAGACGCUGUGGCUCACCCGUUACAAAAUGCUCUUCUUCAGACAGAAGCCAGUUAAAACUGUUAUCAGUAACGCAAGGAAGUUCGACACGAUUUUCCGACUGAUCUCGAUAGUCUUCGGCUCAGUUAUCACGUACAAUCACGACGUUAUAUGGCUGCCAUUUGGCGGAUUGUUCUUUCACUUGUGCGCUUGUUGGGCAAGCUCGAUGAGGAAGAAGAUUGCCGACGUGUUGUCGAUAAUUUUAUGGUGUUGCAUGACCGCUUUCGUAUCGGUCGUGAAUUUAACGACGCUGCAAAACGUCUGGCUCACAGCGGAACACGUCACGCAAUAUUACAUGAUAGCAGCGUGUGCAUUACUCAUAAGCUUCCUGAAUGUGGCACCCGGCUCGCGCAAAAACACGUCGGCCACAUCGGUAUCGUUCAAGAAGCUCAAGUUGCACACACGGGACGCCGUUGCAUCGCCGCAGUUUCCGUGCGACGGUCGAAGUCAAAACAACGGCGUCUUCAACGAGACAAACAGCAGUGUCGAGUCAUCGAGUAGUAUAGGCGAAUUAUCCACCGCCGAGAUUAAGUCACACUUAGCAGUGCCGCAGAAGCAGAAAUUAUCCACGACCGCCGCAGGCGUCAGCGACCCGAGCUACCUGAGCCCGAGCAGUUCGUGCAAGAACGACUCGCCGUACUCCCACUACCUGGACAGCAACGUGAGCGUACUGAGCGCGCUCUCGUUGAGCGAGGACUCGUCUCGGUACAGCCUGAGGACGCCGCCGAUCUUCGAGAGGAGGAUAUACGGUGCGUCUACCUGCGAUCUGUUCAGGCGAUCGGCGGUCGCUGCCUCGGGCAGGCCUCGGUGCAUCCUCUCGCCGCCGAAGCUGCGCUCAGUCACGCAGACGUCGUGGGUGGCCGGCGGCUAUUGGCAGGAAGGUGUGAUGAGCGGCGGCGCACCGACGCUCUCGCGCUCCUCCAGCCAGAGCUCGGGCUUCGGCUCGGCCGGCUCGUCCAACUUCGCGCCGUCCAGAGAGCCGUCCGUGCACGAGUUCGACCGCUGCUCCGUCGUCUCGGACGUCACACAGUUCUGCUACACGUCCCGGGCCAACAUCACGAGCCCUGCCAAGUCCUUCGCCAGCUCGUCGGCUCCUCGAGCGCACUCCCGUUGCUCCAUGUACGACGCGCCGACGAGGAAUUGCUCGCCGGCGAUCCGGGUGUGCGGCGGCGCGAUCGUUGCGGAGAGCCCAGCGCAGCAGGAGCAGGUGACGGCCGCCAACGCUGUCCGGAACGAGUCGGUGCCGGUCUGCCCGAGCCACUCCACGGUCAUUACGAGCCCCGGCCUGCUGUUCGCGUUAUUUUGCGGUUCGCUCGUGCUGAAUAUGAUAGUGCUGUGCGCUAUGCUGCUGCGUUAACCAAUCGGCGACCAGGCCCGCGGUCUUGUCAUUUUGUUAACACGUUUAUCGCGUUGUCCUCCGUGAAAGUGAGAGAGAGAGAGGGAGAGAACUCGUCACAAGCACUCGAGUACUCGCGUCGCAGACCUUCUUCGCGUUGUUUUUUCCUUCUUGUUCCUCCCCGCUCCCCUUUUUUUUUUACCACGAGAAAGAAGAGCAAGGGAAACGCUUCGCGACACGAUCUUCCAUUGUUAACUCUUUGAGAUUUUAAUCUUGAGAAUUGAGGAUAUCGAGAAUCCCCCUCAACGAGUGGUGUAUGUAUAUAGAAUUCCCGGGGACAGACCGAGAUGUUAAGUCCCUCAACCGCGCUUCAGGAUUUAAUAUUCGGCUCUCCGGCGAAAAGAAGAGGCGAACGUGACGCAGCCGAUCCGUGUCUCUGCCACGCGAGUACUCGAGGAGAGGAGAGAUCGAAAGGAGGAGGGGGGGAGGGGACAAUUAUUGCACUGCCAAUUGCGGCGACCACAAUCUUCCGAUUUACCGCGCGCGUUUACAGUAGACGUAACGUUACACUGCCAGUACACCGAUAUACUUUUUCGCCAGACAUAUCCGCCAGUGUUCACUUUAGAGACUCGGGGUUUUGUAGAUGUACACGGAUACUUUUACACGCUCUCGAAGAUUUACAUUUUACUAACGUAAAUUGCAGUAACGGGGGGGAGGAGGGGGAUUGCUCGAUUUGCCGGAUGUUUACACGUCUGUAUUGUAUACGAAUUCGCGCGCGAGAAAGAGAGAGAGACGAUCCCCGGCGUGUGUUCCUCAGCGAGAAAUACGAGUGCAUACAAUACGAUUUUAGGCGUAAGAGUGAGAAUAAUCGUUCAAUUAAUCGUUGAAAGUUCCCGUUGUUUUCCGUGAUGAUGUAUUAUCGACGUCGAUCGCGAUCUGCGCGCUCGGACUUUGGUACGGCUUGGGGAUACAAUCGGCGGAAGAACUUGUUUUUGAUCGGCUUUCACAGAACUUGAGUUCUUUCGUCGAGAGAAGAGCCGUCCAGAUUGUAUCGAAACCGAGUGUGCGAGAAUUUUUGUAAAGAAAACGCUCUAACUCUGUUCCGUGCGACGAAUUUUCGCACGCCUCUUCUCAACUUGUGCGCUCCUCCUAGGUAACAUUAAGACGUCCUGAGCCGUCGUAAAGACGUCUUUUAGACAAUAAGACGUUUAAAGGGCGUUCUUGAGGACACGUCUUUUAGACACACACACACACACACAUGUUGUGUUCGAGAGGAAACUCAUAAUGAUCAUGUUACUUAUCGUAUUUCGAUAUUACCGUGCAUUUUUUGAUAUCUGCGAUAUUGUACAAUUACAUUACGAUGAGAAAUAAAGAAAGAUCGAGAAAAUGAGAAACCUUUUGCAAUAUUGCUUGCAGACUGAUUUUCGAAAGUUGCGUUUACACCGUUCAAAGUGACCGAGAGAACUGUCCAACGGUUCUGCGUCGCUUGUCGAAAUAAUGAAAACGGCCAUAGUUUUGCAAGAUUUUGCAAUUUACAUAUUGUACGUCUCGAAAAAAAUGAAAAUGGAAAUUUGAUACAUGAUUUAAAAAGUAUAAAUAUCACUGAGAUGUCUCACAAUCUUUUAACAUAUUACAUGCGGGAAAUGUACUUUUACGUUUUUUGCAGUCUGUCACUAGAGUCACGUAAAAGUACGUAUUUAGUAGAUUUGUGCUGGAGAGCGGGUAUCGUAUAAAUACGAUGGGCAUUGUAAGUGUGUACGGUGUUAGUGUUGCUAGGCAACGAUUUCCAUUGUUUCUUUUUAGAAGUUUAGUUUGUCGAGUUACUUGGUUUAAUUGAAUAUUUUACUGAAUACCAAACUCCCGCGAAAUUCACGAAAAAACGCCCGCUACACGCGUAAGUCCGCGGCGAAAUAUACUCGCAUGCAAUGUGUUAAGAAGUCAGACGUGGUCUAUUUUCUCCUCUUCAAGGAUAUUCAUUAACAAAUUUAACUCGGAAAAAUUUAAUUUCACACGCCCGUAAGGCUUCCCGCACGACAUUAUGAUGUCUUAAAAUUCGAAAGAAUCGAAAUUAAAAUUAAAAAUAAGAAAUAAAGUUACAAAUUAAAAUUAUAAAGAUCCAAUUAAAUCCUUUUUGUUUUAUGUAGGAAUAUGUACAGACUAUCUAUUAAUAACAAAAUCUCAAGAAUUAUAAUCUUGCAGGUUGGAUCCUUCUUGCGUAACAAUGGCCAGAUAUAAAUAUAUCUACUGGAAAAUAAGAUUAGAUAUGCCAGGAAGAGACAAGUAUAGUUGAUAUUUUAAAUAUUUAUUAGAUAAUACGCGUGUAUUCGCGUCGAAAUAAUUUCCCAAUUGUUUCGAGCUGCGUGGAAAACUCGAGAGGAUAUCCCCGAAAGAAAGAGAAAGCUGCGAAUUGCUCAACUCAAGUUACUAAUUAAUUAACGUUCGUCGCGGAUGGGGGUAAUUAACUCGGGAUUACCACGUGGAUCCGUACACACAGUACACACACACACACAUGCACGCACACACACAUACACGUCGGUGUAUAUGUAUAAUAUAUUUUUAUUGUA